AUGUCGAGUGAGAAGCAGGCCCUCCUACCAGCAAAGACAGCGGGUCAGUACACGCUGGUCAUCCAUGGCGGCGCAGGCACGAUGGACAAGAGCAAGUCGACGCCGGAGCUGCGAGCGAAGUACAAGGCAGCCCUCAGCGGUGCAUUGCUUGCUGGGUAUGAUGUGCUCAGUCAUGGUGGCGAAGCUGUGGACGCGGUCGUCGCAGCGGUAUCAUACAUGGAAGACUGUCCGCUUUUCAACUCUGGCAAGGGCGCGGUGUUCAAUGUUGCUGGGAAGAACGAGCUGGAAGCCUCUGUAAUGCUAUCUAGCCCCCCUUCGACGCAUCCGUCCAUUCCAGUAACUAGACGUGGCGCAGGUGUGGCCCUCAUGACUCGUGCCCGCAAUCCAUGCCAGCUCGCCCGUGCCCUGUACCUGUCGCCCUCGACUGCGUACCACACCAUGUUCUCCGGCGCCGCUGCGGAGGCUCUUGGCCAACCGCUUGGUGUUGAGCUGGUCGACGAGAGUUACUUCUGGACGGAGGCGCGCUGGCGCGAGCACCGACGCGGCCUCGGGCUGCCGGAGGAGCCAUUGCCCCCGCACAUGGGUGGCGAGGAAGCAGUACCGGAGGACCUACUGGACAAUUUGCCCACGGGAACUGUGGGCGCGGUCGCGCUGGACGAGCGCGGCUGCAUUGCAGCGUGUACGUCGACGGGUGGACGCACGAACAAAUUAGUGGGCCGGAUUGGGGACACACCACACAUGGGCGCAGGAUUCUGGGCGGAGGAGUGGGCGGUGAAGGGCUGGGUACGGCGUACAUGGAGAAAGGCCAAGGGGAAAAGUACCAAGGUCGCACUGGGAGUUAGCGGGACCGGCGACGGCGAUUAUUUCAUCCGGUUAGCAACGGCGUCCACGAUUGGGCGGCGGAUGAAGUACCUGCAUGAGCCCCUUGCAAAGGCGGCUAGGCAUUGUGUAGAAGAGCUUCGUCGUGAUGGAGGGGUGGGCGGAGUCAUUGCGCUCGACAACCAAGGCAACGUCGCCAUGCCCCUUAAUUGCUCGGGCAUGUAUAGAGGAGUUGUGCGUGAGGAUGGGGUUCCGAAGACGGCGAUCUUCGAUGACGAUGAGCUCGAGUAA